GCUGAUGUUGAAAGAUUUUAAUGUCAUCCAAUUUUACUUGAGCACAUAGUAACCAGUAUAAUUCUUGUCCUUGUCUUCUGUAGUAUAUUUAUUUCUGUUUUUUUUUUCCUUUUCUUUUGCAGCUGACGGAUGCACGGAUUGGUCUGUGGACUACAUGAAAUACAAAGUGCUUUUCGGUGAACCUGUACGAAUUAAAUGUGCUUUAUUUUAUGGAUAUAUCAGAGCAAACUACACAUUAGCUCAGAGUGCAGGACUGAGUCUGAUGUGGUACAAGAGCACUGGGCACGGGGACUUUGAAGAACCCAUACCUUUUGAUGGUGUUAGAAUGAGUAAAGAAGAGGAUUCAAUAUGGUUUCGACCUGCAGAAUUACAAGACAUUGGCCUUUAUGCCUGUGUAUUAAGGAACUCAACGUAUUGUAUGAAGGUUUCUAUGUCAUUGACUGUGGCUGAAAAUGACACAGAUCUCUGCUACAAUUCCAAAAUGAGGUACUUUGAAAAAGCUGAACUUAGCAAAAACAAAGAAAUUUCAUGCCCCGACAUCGAGGAUUAUGGACUGCCUCACAGAGAGCCCAAUAUAGUAUGGUAUAAGGAAUGCAAGCCAAAAGUAUGGAGACAAACAGUUGUACGGAGGAAGGAUACUCUAAUUAUACGGGAGGUUCGAGAAGAUGAUAUCGGGAAUUACACUUGUGAACUGCAAUUUGGAAACUUUGUAGUACGAAGAACUACAGAAUUAACUGUAACAGCACCCUUGACAGACAAGCCUCCCAAGGUCCUGUUUCCAUCAGAAAACAGAAUGAAUGUUUUGGAGGUACAAAUUGAGAACCUUCUUGGAAGAGGACAAAACUGGCACGGCUGGGCCUCUAAGGUUGAGAGUGAGCUUCACGUGCUUCACAUGAGGGAGAUUGUUGCAGAGGUGGAGCGGCAUUAUGGAAGAGAAAGGGAGGGUGGAGGACAUGAAAAACGCAAGACAGAGAAUAAGGGCAUGCCUUUUCUGUAG